AUGACUCAAAAUAUGGAUAACACUAACUUCCAUACUUCAGAUGGGACCCUGAAAAGGGUCCACACCGAGGUUGCGGAUUCCUCAUCAUCUAGGAUUAUUGUUAAUUCUAAAAAAUCAAAAGUAAUAACUUCUGAAUCCUGGCCAAGGUUUCUAGUCAUUAGUUCUUCUGUAGACGGAGCCUUGAGCAAACUGUCACCGUUUGCUGUUCAGAAGGGGCUUGUUGGCUUGGCUGGCGAGCCAAAGAAUGUUAAAAAGAUGAAAAAUGGUUCGUUGCUGGUAGAAUGUUCGACUUGGACUCACUCUCGGUGUCUUCUUAAGUUGACAGUCUUGUGUAAUGUACCAGUUAAAGUAUCGCCACAUUCCUCCCUGAAUUCUUCUAAGGGAGUUAUUCGGUCGAAAGAUUUGGAAGGAGUCAGCGAAGAUGAAAUUACUGAAAACUUGUCACCACAGGGUGUGACAUCAGUGAGGAGAAUCAAGAUUCGCCGGAACAAUGAACUUGUACCGACGAAUACUUUGAUUUUAACCUUUGACAAGCCUACCCUUCCAGAGUCUGUUAAGGCUGGAUAUCUGCAUAUACCUGUUGUGCCUUUUGUUCCAAACCCAUUACGAUGUUUUAACUGUCAAAAGUUUGGUCAUGGCCAAACUACAUGUCGAAACAAGCUGACAUGUGCUCGUUGCGGUCAAUUUGACCACGACAGUAAGACAUGUACCAAUGACAUUAUCUGUGUAAAUUGUAAGGGAAACCAUUUUGCAUAUUCGCGAGAAUGUGCAAGAUGGAAAUUGGAAAAAAAGGUGCAGCAGGUCAAAGUUGAGAAACACUUGUCAUUUCCUGAGGCUAGGAAAUUUGUGGAGACAGAAGUUUCUGUCAUAGUAGGGAAGUCCUAUGCUGCGGCAGUCAAGGUCUCCACACGAAGUGUUGCCAUCAACACUGACCUAACGUGGCGAUACGAUGAAGCUAAAUACAGAAAGCUUUCAGAUGUUGAAAAAGCUGCAAAACAAGCCGACAAGGCAGCUCAAAAACAAUAA